GAACAGCUGUUUUAGUCAACUCAAAGAUUUUUGCUGGGCGUUUCACCAACUUUUGUUGAUAAAAACAUUGAAUACGUAUUACAUCCUGGUUUGAGAUAAAAAGCGAAUACAACACAGGCAUAAAAUGCUCGUUCUAGUACUUGGCGACUUACACAUACCACACCGCUGCAGCAGUUUACCGGCCAAGUUUAAAAAGCUUUUGGUGCCCGGUCGGAUUCAUCAUAUUUUGGCUACCGGAAAUAUUUGCACAAAGGAAUCGUACGAUUAUCUAAAAUCACUCGCCAACGAUGUGCACAUAGUGCGUGGCGAUUUCGACGAGAAUCUCAGCUAUCCAGAGCAAAAGGUUGUGACGGUGGGUCAAUUUCGUAUCGGUCUGUGCCACGGUCAUCAGGUGGUGCCGCGAGGUGAUCCAGAGGCAUUGGCAUUGAUCCAGCGCCAAUUGGACGUGGACAUAUUAAUUACGGGCCAUACGUACAAGUUUGAGGCGUAUGAGCAUGGCAAUAAGUUCUACAUAAAUCCAGGCUCGGCAACGGGAGCAUUCAAUCCGCUGGACGCAAAUGUGGUGCCAUCGUUUGUGCUGAUGGAUAUACAGAGCACCACAGUGGUAACCUAUGUAUACCAACUGAUCGGGGACGAGGUCAAGGUGGAGCGCAUCGAGUACAAGAAAAUUUAACAAGUAUUAACAGCAAAUCAUUCCCCAUACUUGUCUCGCACUGACCUGAUCUUUAUUUGAUCUUGGGCUAUAUUACGCAAAUUGAAAUGAUGAAUAUUAAAUAUGUAUAAAUUAAAAGAAAACACGUUUCCUUUUUUUAUUUAAUAAAAAAUGUUUAAAUUUUAUUUAAAUAGAAUAUAAAAGAGUUGUUUUGCCUUUUGUUUUCAUUUGACGAUCUUGAUCUCUUACAUGAUGCUUAUGUGCAAAAAUUAUUAAUUUUAUAAUUGAAAAUGUUGACAAAUGUGUUCGUGCAUAUUCUCAUUAAAUUUAAUAUAAAUACAAUUAGAUUAUCGUUUGGGUUACGUCGCGUUGCUGAUGAUUGCAAUUACAAUUACAAAUAAAUA